AUGCGAGUAUAUUUAUGUAUGCUAAGAGUUUAGAACGUAUCCUUUCUUCCUUCCCUUAUUCAUUUAUAAUUUCUUCUUCAGGUUGGCAUUCGGUCCCACCAAUGGAUACGCUCCUGGCCCGAAUCCGACGAAUACGCCGGCUCAACGAGUUCUCCGAUUCCCUGUUGUUGCACCUGUUAGCCAACAGCGACUAUGUGCCGGACAGAGUGGCAGCCGGGGUGAUAUGUAAGUCUUUCAAAAGUCCAAAAAGGGUACAACAACCAUCCAAAUCUGACGACUCCAUUCUUUUACUUCCUUUGUCGCUUCUUGCAGCAGGUUUUCGUGCACUAUUCACUCGUAUUUUAUCUUCUGAAACCCCCGAUAAAAGCGUUACAUCCGGGUCGAUAAACCUUAACUCAGCCGACAAAUAAACAAAGCCAGUUUUGUAUCGAUAGUUUAGAGCCGUCUCUGUCGGGGAAAGGCCAGGCCACAAAAAACUCCAAUAUUCAGUUUCUCGUUAGGCAAUUUGACUACACAGGAAGACUUUGCAUUUUAAAAAUGGAACGCGUGCUUGUUUGUGGGCUGCGGUGUUUAUUCCAGAUUCUAGCAAAGCUCCAGUUUUGUCAUCUGUUAUCCCUAUAAUUGGGACGGACAAAUGCCGCGCUCCAGCCCCGGCUCGGCCGGGUUUUCAUUUUCUGACCUCUCCAUUCCACGAGCAUAUUUCCGGAGCUGCAGUGCCUGGACGAACACCAAUUUCCCACCCAAAAAACCUGGCUUCUGUUUGGAGGCUCUGCCUUUCCUGUCAUUGCCCUGGGGGGUUUGAGGCCUUUUAGGUGGCUUAAUUAAAACAAUUCGCAUUUCAGUGUUCCAACAAGGCGAGGUCGUCUCCUAUUGGUACCUGCUGCUCUCAGGUGAGGUCGAACUGUAUCUUCCUUCAGAUCGCGAGGUGAGUGUUCGCUCUUCUGACCUCACCGGAAAUGACUAAUGUCCUGAUUAAACGUCCCCCAUAAUUCCAUGGCCCUUUCAGACUGGAUUUCUGGGACAGCAUCUCACAUUACUGACAGCCGGAGCCUUGUUUGGAGAACUCAACCUUUACCAGCACUGUUGCUCGGCUCGAAUCCACAAAACCGCGGAAUUCGUACGACUUAGCCAAGCCCAAUUUCUCUCGCUUUAUCGGGUUUGUGGAAUGUUUGCAGGCGGUUUAUGAUUGAGACGUUUUAGAAACACGCUGACCAUUUACAACCUUACAUCACCGUGAUGGAGGACCUAGAUACGACGCCGUUACCGGGUAAAUUUAAAUUUUUAUGACUGAUAAAUUUUGGUACUUAUUCAAAUAAAUAUUUUCAAAAUACUUUUGUAAUCACUUCAGGUCCAUCAGCCCCAGUACUGCAGGAAAAGUCGUCUCCCCGUCAUCUACCAAAAGUACCAAUCCCAAUGACAGAGACUAAUGGAGUCUCUACUUCUGACUACCGACCUCCUCCACCUGCCUUGAAUUCUUCCAUCAAUCCAUAUAAUCUGAAUGGAAUGGCUUCAGAGUUGCCAGAACCAACAAUCAAAUCGAAUGGAGUGCUCCAUUCCAAGUCGAUUCCAUUUGUUCCAUCAAAUUGGGAACCUCCGGUGAAUCUGUUUGAACUCAGCACUUCAUUAUCCCUGGAUUCUCGGAUAAUGGAGGCUGGGCUCAUGUUGAAAAGAGCGAUGUAUUACAGGGCCCCAAAUUUGAUACGAGAACGCAAUCUCAGGCGAGGGGUAGGUCUUAAUUGGAAUUGAUACAUCUCCCAGGAUAAGACCGAGGUCUUUUACAACGCAAUGUCUGGAGCCGAGAUGACGUCAUGGUUAUUCUCUUUAUGGCAACAAUGUGCUGUCAAUCCAGUAAAAAAACCCACUCAUCUUCAAAUGGUGGGAAUCUGGCAGACUUUAUUAGACCAUCAUAUCAUCAGCCAUAGUAAGGGAAUCAUAUCGUCAAAAAAAAAAUAUUUAGUAACUAACGAAGAGCAGUUCAGAGAUCAAAAUGUUUUUUACAAAUGGAGCGUCUCUAAUGACAUGUUUGAGGACUAUUUUAUAAACCGAUUGUCCUAUAAUAAUAUGCAAUUUAUGCCCAACAGUGAACUCGUCGAAGUCCCUGAUCCCUAUGCCCUUCCUCCUCCCGGAUGUGAACCUCCAUUAGACGACGAGCUUCUCCAAAUGUUGUUCUUUUUAAGCACCAUCGGUCUGGAUUCCAUGUUCAAGAUCAUCCUAACCAAACCGUAAGUGUAUUGUGUCUGGAGAGCUCCGGAAGUAACGCCAUUAAGAGAAACAUAAAUCCAACCUAUUUACGUUCUUGUUUAUUAAUUAUUUGCAGACCUCAUGAGCGAACGAAUGAAGAACUGGAAUUGGUAUUCGAGGAACUCCUCCACGUGAAAGCGUUGUCUCAUCUGAGUACAAUGGUCAAGAAAGAGUUGGCUCGAGUCAUUGGAUUCGAACAACAUCAACAUGCAGGGACAGUGCUUUUUCAUCAAGGAACGGAGGGACAGAGCUGGUAUAUCAUCCUGAAAGGAAGUGUGGACGUCAGCAUCGCAGGAAAGGUGUGUCCGGUUUCUCGAAUAAAUUAGGGAGGUUAACGGGGACAGGAACGGGAGCAGGGGGAAGGCGUGGGCGAAGGGGAAGGCCCGAUCUUGCGUCUGUUUCCUGACUACCCAUCGAUCAGAGAAAAAAGAUCGGCGCGCGAGAAUCUCCAGAAUAAGUGCUUGAAGACGCUUAUUGUUCAUGGGGCUCAUUCUUCAUCAUUUCAUCACCAGCAACCGUCUCUGUUGCGCAAUUCUGGAAGUAUAUGAUGGUGUUGUUGCUGGUUAAUGUGUGUUAUCCUUUGCAUUUCUGUUGACCCAUAUAAUUUUAUAGGGUGUGGUGUGCACUCUGCAAGAAGGUGAUGACUUUGGUAAACUCGCCUUGGUGAACGACGCACCCCGAGCAGCCACAAUCACCCUCCGCGAUGACAAUUCCCAGUUCUUGAGAGUCGACAAAGAGAACUUCAACAGGUGAGCGAGCAAUUUUUCUCGAGGCGGCUCGCUGUUUCAUAGUAAAGUAAUAUUUACUUUCUCUCCAUUAUCUGAGCAAAUGGUUACCGUACUAUUAUUUUUGCAAAAAAAUAGUAAAUCUUUUUUUUUAGGAUCCUUCGAGAUGUGGAAGCAAACACAGUACGCCUAAAGGAGCAUGGCCAGGAUGUAUUGGUUUUAGAGAAAAUUAACUUAAAAUUCGACGAGACCCAACCGAUAAACAGAAACCAAUGCUGGUGAGUACAACUGCAAUAUACACAUUUACCUUUCAGUUACUCGGUUAUGGCCGGACUGCCGGAGAAAAUGAUCGAGUACGUAUUAGAGACCAGAAUCGACGCAUUGACCAGCAACGGAGCCUUAGACACCUUUCUAGAAGACUUUAUUCUUACACAUAUCAUCUUUAUGCCUUCCAAUAUUUUAUGCAAUUAUCUCAAGAAUUAUUACGCAACAAGAGGAGAUAUUGUAAGUACUCGAUGAAAAAGCCAAAAGAGAACUAGAUAAAACCCCCCAAUAUACCUAUUUCAGACGACGUUAAAUGGGUCUGAUUCGAUUGGAUCGAAUGAAAUUAUCAACGAAAAAUUAAGUGCCAAACGAAGAGUGAUCACCUUCAUCACUAUCUGGGAGUUUGUCCUCGGGAUUCAUUUCUUUUUAGAUCCUGUAGCCAACAGUUUUGUAGAAGUAAGUAUUUUUUUUAAAUCCAUUUCUAAUAUAAGGAUGGUGACAUACAAAUCAAAUCGGGUUUCGUUGCCAGAAACCGCCAUUUCUUGUCUGUUAGGCUUAUAGACAGGAAAUGCGCAAAUUUUGUCUGAGCAGAGAAAACAAGAAAAAAAUCUUCACGGGGAGAGAGCACAAAUUUGCGCUAUGUUACGCAAUUUGAGACAAGAAUUACGCAUUUCUUGUCUAAAGGCCUAACAGACAAGAAAUCGCGGUUUCUGGCCACGAAAACCGAUUUGAUUUGUAUGUCACCAUCCUUAUAUCAUGGUAUAGGAAAUGUAUUGUUCUGUAAUCGAAGAUGCCAACUCCCUCCCAAAUAUGGAGUCAAUUGUUCAUCAGAUAAGUAGGAUAAGACGGGCUCGAGAGAACGUUAUGAUCAUCUUAUCUCGACAUCCAACCUGCGUCUUGGACUGCGGAGUUUACAGUCUUGAAGCUCCAGCUCCAAAUCCUAUAUUACCCAUUGAUAUUUGCAACCAAUGCAUCUACUUUUCUGAUGCUACGAUGAUUACAUUGGCAGUAAGAAUGGACAAAUCAGCAGCAGAUAUAAUAAAACUAACGCGAGGCAAAGUUCAUUUUGAUCAUGACGAUCUCUACCUUGUGGAAGUCAAGUCAAAUGGAGAGCGGGUUGUCUACUCCCCGGCAGAAGUUAGUGUGACCAGCAUGCUAUCGUUGAAUGGUCGUCUUUACGUUGUCACGAAAGAAGAAAUGAACACCUUGGUAAGUGCCGCGGUCGUAUUCUUACAAUUGGCUUACAAAAUUGCAGACUUCGAUGACAAACCAAGCAGGUCCUUCAGAAGCCCCCAAUCCCAGCGUUCUUGAUAUCUACAAUUCUGCGGACUUAGCGAAUCAGUUGAUGACAUUCCAUUGUCAACUGUUCGAGGCUACCGAUGAAAUUGAGCUCAUCUUCCAAGUGAUCGGCCGAAAUAAGUUUUCGGGACGAUCACCCGCCAAUCUUGACAUUCUACUGCGAAGAUUUAAUGAAGUCCAAUUUUGGGUGACUACAGAAAUAUUACUGAGCUCGACAACAGCCAAGAGAGUUGCCAACCUCAAGAAGUUGAUCAAAACUGCUGUUUAGUACGUGUAAUUUCAAAAUCAAAUUAUUUUAGCGCAAAAACAAACAAAGAUCUUAUGUCCCUAUUUGCGAUUACCCUCGGGCUAAGUAACAUUGCUGUGAGUCGACUAGUCCAGCUCUGGGAUAAAUUGCCAGGAAAAUUGCGACGACAAUACGCAGAGUUUGAAGCGUUAUUGGAUCCCUCUCGAAAUCACAGAGCCUACAGAUUACUGGUAUCCAAAAUGGAGCCCCCCAUCAUUCCCUUCGUCCCCCUUCUUCUAAAAGAUCUCACAUUCAUGCAUGAGGGCAAUAAGACGUAUUUCGGUGCAUUAGUUAACUUUGAAAAGAUGCAUAUGAUCGCCAAUGUACUCAGGAACUUUAAAGGAUGCAAAUCUCGAGGUCCCAUCGUCGCCGAAUCCCAAAAGAAGUCAGUCAACAAUCUCAUUAGGUAGAAGUUAUACUGCUUAUGUAUAAUAUAAUUUCAGGAACUUGAGAGUUAUCGAUAAUCAAAAGCGCCUUAUGGAAAUAUCAUAUCAAAUAGAACCUCCAAAUAGAAGCAAUAGACCAUAA